CUCCCUAGCUAGCUGCUCCACAUCAGAUCUCGACCGGUCGACCCAGCAUCCCGUUUUGGGAACUUUUAGAGUUUAGGUACCUGAGACGAAAAUAAAACAACCAUAUGACACACCUCACUUAGACACACGCAUAUCUCACUCACAUCAACAAACCUUCAUCCACUCUCAUCUUAACCAACUCUUUCUCAACACAAAAGGACUCACAGACAACAAUAAAAAUGGCGGACAACCAGAUCCCAAGUUCCGUCGCCGAUGCAGUCCUCGUCAAAUCCAUCGAGAUGCCCGAGGGCUCUCAAAAAGUCGAGGAGCUCGACUUCAACAAGUUCAAGGGCCGGCCCAUCACCGCCGACGACCUUUUGCAGGGGAUGAAGCACAUGGGCUUUCAAGCGUCAUCCAUGUGUGAGGCCGUGAGGAUUAUCAACGACAUGCGCGCCUACCGCGACCCGGACACCUCGGAAAAAACAACCAUCUUCCUCGGCUACACCUCCAACCUGAUCUCCUCCGGCCUCCGCGGCACCCUGCGCUACCUGGUCCAACACAAGCACGUCUCGGCCAUCGUGACCACGGCGGGCGGCAUCGAAGAGGACUUCAUCAAGUGCCUGGGGGACACGUACAUGUCGUCCUUCUCCGCCCCGGGAGCCGACUUACGGUCCAAGGGACUCAACCGUAUCGGCAACCUGGUCGUGCCCAACUCGAAUUACUGCGCCUUUGAAGACUGGGUGGUUCCUAUUCUUGACAAGAUGCUUGAGGAGCAGGAAGCCAGCAAGGGGACUGAAAACGAAAUAAACUGGACGCCCAGCAAGGUAAUUCAUCGUCUUGGAAAAGAAAUUAACGAUGAGCGAUCGGUCUAUUACUGGGCGUGGAAGAAUGACAUCCCCGUGUUCUGCCCGGCGCUGACGGAUGGCAGUUUGGGGGAUAUGCUGUACUUCCACACUUUCAAGGCUUCUCCCCGCCAGUUGAAGAUUGAUAUCGUCGAAGACAUCCGGAAGAUCAACACGAUUGCGGUGCGGGCGAAGAGGGCGGGUAUGAUCAUUUUGGGCGGGGGGAUUGUCAAGCAUCAUAUUGCGAACGCGUGUCUCAUGCGGAACGGGGCGGAGAGCGCCGUGUAUAUCAAUACGGCGCAGGAGUUUGACGGAUCCGAUGCGGGCGCGAGACCGGAUGAGGCGGUUAGUUGGGGCAAGAUCAAGGUCGGUGCUGAUGCGGUCAAGGUGUAUAUGGAGGCUACGGCGGCGUUUCCGUUUAUUGUGGCGAAUAGUUUUGCGAGGGAGGAUGGGUUGUAGUAGGUAGUUUUUUGACUACCACGAUGGAUGAGGAGAGGGUUGGGAUGUGAGGUGAGGUAAAAAGGAUAAGGAAAAAAAGGGAAAAGGGGAAGGGAAUUCAAAAAGUCAAUUGUUUCUGUUUUCGUCAAACUCUCGUUGCGCUGUCUACCGGCUAUCCGUUAUAUGUGCUUUUGGUGGUUUGGGCCAGAGUCAACCUCUUUCUUGCGAGUCCUUGUCCCUCGUCCGCAUAAUUUCUCCCUCUUUCACGACACCAACAGACGAUAUGAGAACCAGGAAUCGGCAAUGCCAUUUACAUCCUCCCUUAUAGUUCCCCACUUCAGUUCACACAGGGCUCUUGUUAAAGAGACUUGAAGGUUUUGCUUGGUAGUCCAAGAGCUGCUUCAGCCCGUGGUGUUCAUAACAAU